AUGUCGAAGGACGAUUCGCCUCGUUUACAACAUGUGCAACCAGGGCCACUAGCCUACGACGCGGCCUAUAAGGGAGCACUCGAGUACCUUCGAGGGGCCAUUCGACAACUCUCUAGCUGUCCUAAUUUGUGUACCACGAAAAACACCGCGCAAGAGUUACAAAGGACAGCUCAGUACCUUUCAAUUUUGACGCUAGAGGAAGAGUUGUACAAUCGCGCUUCACCAAAGUGGCGAGAAAGGUUCGCUGAGAGGGAAUUGGUUACUCAACGCCAGGCAUUGUUGAAAGUGAAGGACAAGUUGACUGAUGCUGGUGGACAAUUCCUAACCCGUUUUCGGACAAAUAUGACUAGCGGGAUGUAUAGGUGCACUACAGAAGAGUGUGCUAGCACUGAGUUAAGACACAUAGAACAUAUGCCAGAAGGCAUCGGUUGGACAGAUACCUCUAUUCGUGCUGCCUACGCGUGGGCAGAGGGGGAGCUGUCAGCCUUGAAUCAAGAAUUGGAGCCAUUAGUUUCAGCCGCAAAGAAGCGUUUGGAACAGUACACAGACGAGAUGGAUAUCACAGACCGAUACAGUGGGUAUCGACGCAACAUGGGGUACAUGAAGAAACGCGAGCCAGAUGAUAUCAAAGCACUGGAAACCGUGCUAGAUACCACUGUACGUCCACCAGUAGCACCCAGGUGGCAUCUUGAUACCAACUGGACACGCGCUGAGGCAGUAGGAACACAGAACUAUUCUAUUCCUGGUGACUCCAAUGAUUGUUCUACGAAUUUGCCUAAACCCAAAGCCCGAUAUGAAAACACAGAAACUGUGGAAAAACAACCAGUCGCGCAAUUACAUUACCCUGGAAGGUCUGAAUAUCAGGAUGCAUAUUUGAUCCCAACAUAUGCAGAAACUGGAAUGGCAUCUAGUAUGCCACCGACAACUUACAGAUCAACAUUUCAUAUACAAAAAGGAGUUCGAGGACGCGGUUCCAUGGUUGGCAUUGAUCCAUCGCAAGUUCAGCUGAAAGGCUAUUUAGUUAAUCCAACACCAAAUUUCUUAGCCCAAUUCAAGAAGUCGAACGCAACCGACGAUGAAUGUGUGAUAUCCAAACUUUCAGAGGCUGCGGACCGCUUUAGAUGGCCUAAGAUACCCGACAGACCAGAAGUUUCACUACCGAUGGAGUGA